AUGGGGUUCCCUAACUUUUGUUUGGUUCUGCUCCUCACAAUAUCGGUAGCUUUGGCCUCUCAAGCAGCAGCUCGCACCCUCCAAGAAGCACCAAUGCGUGAGAGGCAUGAGGAAUGGAUGGCUCGCUAUGGACGUGUGUACAAGGACAUUAACGAGAACCAGAAACGCUACAAGAUAUUUGAGGAAAAUGUGGUACUCAUUGAAUCUUCUAACAGAGAUGCAAACAAACCUUACAAGCUAAGUGUUAACCAAUUUGCAGAUCUCACAAAUGAAGAGUUCAACGCCUCACGGAAUAGAUUCAAGGGGCAUAUUUGUUCCACAAAGACCAUUUCCUUCAAAUAUGAAAAUGCCACCGCAGUGCCAUCUACUAUGGACUGGAGAAAGAAAGGAGCCGUGACACCGGUCAAGGACCAAGGACAAUGCGGUUGUUGUUGGGCAUUUUCAGCAGUAGCAGCAACUGGAGGUAUUACCAAGCUAACAACUGGUGAAUUAGUCUCUUUAUCCGAGCAAGAGCUGGUUGAUUGUGACACUAGCGGCGUGGACCAAGGCUGUGAAGGGGGCCUAAUGGACGAUGCCUUCAAAUUCAUCCAACAAAACCAUGGUCUCGCAUCAGAAGCUAGCUACCCCUACAACGGUGUUGACGGAACCUGCAACACCAACAAAGAAGCCAGUCAUGUGGCCAAGAUAAACGGGUUUGAAGAUGUGCCUACCAACAGUGAAGAGGCUCUUCUCAAGGUUGUUGCACACCAGCCGGUUUCUGUUGCCAUUGAUGCUUCAGGGUCUGACUUUCAAUUCUAUUCAGGCGGUGUCUUUACGGGUACAUGUGGCACUGAGUUGGACCAUGGUGUUACUGCUGUUGGGUAUGGGACUACUAGCGAUGGGACUAAAUACUGGCUGGUGAAGAACUCAUGGGGCACACAAUGGGGGAAGAAGGGUAUAUACGGAUGCAAAGAGAUGUUGAUGCAAAUGAAGGCCUCUGUGGGAUAG